AUGUCCGAUCAGAAUUCACCUCAAAAUCUCUCCUCCAAUUCUCUGACUAUGUUGGAGGCCCAUUGUAAUAGUAUAGGCUAUCAGAGUGAUGAGAAUGGAAUCCCAUUGGGCAGUGUUCACCCCCACAUGCCUCUUUCCCCAUCACCCCCUACUGCCAUACCUGAAGGAAACCCUCAAUCAUCUCAAUCAUUCUAUCGAUUUCUUCCAGCACAAUACGAACACUUACCACCUCACCUACCACCAACCCAUCAAGCUCAUCCAGCACACCAAGUCUCGAGUAUAGGGCCAACACAUGAACUCACUCCGACCCCCCCUGCUCUACCCCAGUAUAACCAACGAACAAAUGAAGUACAUCCAGGAUAUCCAUAUGAGAAUCUUCAAUCGAGAUACCGUCCAUUGAUGGAACCAAGCUGGAUGACCAAUUUCAUGACCCCAUUCACCAACUACAAUCAGGACCUUCCAAACCAGCUUAACCAUUCCAAUUACUUAUUUGCAGCAGAGGUUGCCAAGCAAUACGAGCAGAAUCCCUUAACUCCCGUUGCUUCGAAACCAACAGUAUCUGCGAGUAGACGCUAUGCAGGUACCCGAGGUAAUUGCGACUGCCCUGAUUGUCAACAAAUCGACAGAAUUGCUUCAUCGAAUCCUGAAAUGGCUGCAGAGAUGAGAAAAAACAGCACUACACACAGUUGUCAUGUCCCCGGAUGUGGUAAGGUCUACACGAAGACGAGUCACUUGAAGGCCCAUUUAAGGUGGCAUACGGGAGAACGGCCCUUUGUCUGCAAUUGGCAGCUCUGUGGAAGACGUUUCCUCCGUUCUGAUGAGCUUCAAAAGCAUCUGAAGACCCAUGAAAAUGAUACAGAUAAUGAGUGCCCUGUUUGUCAGAAGAAAUUCCAGAGAUGCGACUACCUGACACGGCAUAUGUCAACGCACAGUGUGGAAGAGAUUCAAAAGAAAAUGGAAGGAGCCGAUAGCAAGGUUAAGUUGGAGGAAACUGAAGCUGAAGAGAAGAGCGCUGAGGAAAGGAAUGCGCAGUAA